GCAAGAGGUUGAGAGCGCGGCCUUCAUUCCUCUGGUGGAGGUGAGUGAGCCUUGGGACCCCGCGACCUGUUUUAACUUUUAUGGCUUGGUCGUAGGAUCAGCGGGGCUCACACUUCGGUCAGCAGGAAAAGACGCUGCGGCGAGCAGCGGAGAGCGGAGUUGAAUGGCAGGGCAACUGAUUGCCUUACUCUAUCCGGAGCCUCUGCGUUCGGGGCGGUUCGGGAGUCCCCAGGUUGGAAGUGGACCUGAAUGGGGCGGCAUCUGAGGGUCUCCUGGGCUCUCAGCGGCCCGACCCGCCUUCCCCCACCUCCCACAGCUCUGUCGCUUCCUAGCGGUAUAACGUUGGGAAAGGAGGCUGUUCCUGGACUAUUUCUGACCUGUUUUUUAAGAAAGAGUGCAUCACUCAACAGGUGGCGUCUGGAGUUAUCCUCUGUGGAUUUUCCAGGAUCUCAGACAAGAUCGUGCAAUCUCCCAGCCUCCUUUCCUUCCCCUGCCCUGACUUCUGAAAGAAUGCUGCGGAGAGGAGGAAGGAGAGCAUCUUGGCUCCUGGCAGCAGAGCCCCACUGUGACAGGACCUAGCAUUCACCUUUCUCUUCUGUUCCGAGUGCGAGAAGACUUCAGGGACCUCUGUUUCAUGGACAUUAUCAUAUUCUUCUCAGAGUACCCAGCAAGAGGCUUGCAAAGAGGAGUUAUUCAAAGCAACAGAGAGACAAGAUUUAGAAUACUGGCUCUGGUAUGAAAGCCGGAUUCAGGUACCAUUCCUGCCUGUUGACCUCACGAAGCCUCAGCUUCUUUGCCUGUUAAAUGGAUACAAUUGCCGUCAUUGUCAUUUGUUGAGAACUCCCUAAAAUGCCAGCUGAGCAUAGGCACAGAGGUUUAGGUGUUUGGACCAAGGUCACACAACUGAUACAACAGUAGCUUCUUCACAGACUUGGCAGUUCUCCAGAAGGAGGAGGACAAAAUGACAAAGUCUAAGGAGGCAGUGACAUUCAAGGACGUGGCUGUGGUCUUCUCUGAGGAGGAGCUGCGACUGCUGGACCUUGCCCAGAGGAAGCUGUACCGAGAUGUGAUGCUGGAGAACUUCAGGAAUGUGGUCUCAGUGGGGCAUCAGUCCACACCAGAUGGUCUACCCCAGUUAGAGAGAGAAGAAAAGCUGCGGAUGAUGAAGAUGGCAACCCAGAGAGAUAACUCCUCAGGAGGCAAGAAUCUAAAAGAGAUGGAGACUCUCCAAGAAGUAGGAUUAAGGUACCUGCCUCAUGAAGAGCUUUUCUGCUCCCAGAUCUGGCAACAGAUUACAAGAGAAUUAACCAAGUAUCAAGAUUCUGUGGUAAAUAUUCAAAGAACAGGCUGUCAUUUGGAAAAACGAGAUGAUUUGCACUAUAAAGAUGACGGUUUCAGUAAUCAGAGUUCUCACCAAGUUCACCACAGAGUCCACACUGGUGAAAAACCCUACAAAGGAGAACAGUGUAUGAAAAGUUUCAGCUGGAGCCCUUAUUUUCAAAUUAACCGAAGGGCUCAUGCAGGAGAGAAGCCCUACAAAUGUGAAAAAUGUGAUAAUGCCUUCCGUCGGUUUUCAAGUCUUCAAGCCCAUCAGAGAGUCCACAGUAGAGCAAAAUCAUACACAGAUGAUGCAGCUUAUAGGAGUUUUAGCCAGAGGUCACAUCUUCACCAUCAUCAGAGAGUUCUCACUGGAGAGAAUCCGUACAAAUAUGAAGAGUGUGGGAGGAAUGUUGGGAAAAGCGCACAUGGUCAAGCUCCUCUGAUAGUUCAUACGGGAGAGAAAUCCUAUAAAUGUGAGGAGUGCGGGGUCGGCUUUAGUCAGAGAUCAUAUCUGCAAGUUCAUCUGAAAGUUCACGCUGGAAAGAAACCGUAUAAGUGUGAAGAGUGUGGGAAGAGCUUCAGUUGGCGCUCACGACUGCAGGCUCAUGAGCGAAUCCACACUGGCGAGAAACCAUACAAAUGCAAUGCGUGUGGCAAGAGCUUCAGUUACAGCUCACACCUUAACAUUCAUUGUAGAAUCCACACAGGAGAGAAACCCUAUAAGUGUGAGGAAUGUGGGAAAGGUUUCAGUGUGGGUUCACACCUUCAGGCCCAUCAGAUAAGCCACACUGGAGAGAAGCCAUACAAAUGUGAGGAGUGUGGGAAAGGCUUCUGCAGGGCCUCAAAUCUUCUGGACCAUCAAAGAGGCCAUACUGGAGAGAAACCAUAUCAGUGUGAUGCAUGUGGUAAGGGCUUCAGUCGUAGCUCAGAUUUUAACAUUCAUUUUAGAGUCCAUACAGGGGAAAAACCCUAUAAAUGUGAAGAGUGUGGCAAAGGCUUCAGCCAGGCCUCAAAUCUUCUGGCCCAUCAACGAGGCCACACUGGAGAGAAACCCUACAAAUGUGGUACAUGUGGGAAGGGCUUCAGUCGGAGCUCAGAUCUGAAUGUACACUGUAGAAUCCAUACAGGAGAGAAACCCUAUAAAUGCGAGAAGUGUGGUAAGGCCUUCAGUCAGUUCUCCAGCCUUCAGGUGCAUCAGAGAGUUCACACUGGAGAGAAACCAUAUCAGUGUGCAGAGUGUGGGAAGGGCUUCAGUGUAGGUUCACAGCUUCAAGCCCAUCAGAGGUGCCACACUGGAGAGAAACCCUAUCAAUGUGAGGAGUGUGGGAAGGGCUUCUGUCGGGCCUCAAAUUUUCUGGCACAUCGUGGAGUCCACACAGGAGAAAAACCAUACCGAUGUGAUGUGUGUGGUAAGCGCUUCAGACAGAGAUCCUACCUUCAAGCCCACCAGAGGGUCCACACAGGAGAGAGACCAUACAAAUGUGAGGAAUGUGGGAAAGUCUUCAGCUGGAGCUCAUACCUUCAAGCCCAUCAGAGAGUUCACACUGGAGAAAAACCAUACAAAUGUGAGGAGUGUGGGAAGGGCUUCAGUUGGAGCUCAAGUCUUAUCAUUCAUCAGCGAAUCCAUGCUGAUGAUGAGGGUGACAGGAACUUUCCUUCAUCAGAGGAUUCACACAGGAAAACUCGAUAAAAUAUGUUUUACUAUCUCAGAUGGGUGCUGAAAUAUUUUAAUAAUCAGAGCUAUCAUAGACAAAACAUUUGUUUUAUAGAGUCAGUAGUUCAGCCAAGUGAUUGGGAGACCACACAGCAGAGAAGCCUCACAAGAGUGGAGACAUAUGGACUGCAUUCAGAACAUUGACCAUUAGCUGAUACAUGCAGACAAGAGGAUCAGGAAGGAUGAGUCUGAUCUGGAGUAAACCAGAAGUACUAAGAUGGAAAUGCUGAAUUCUGUUCCACUAGAAUAUAAGAUCCAAGAGGGUAGGGACUUUGUUGACUGCCAAAUCUACUCUGCGUUUUCAGUGCCUAACACGUUGUAAUUUUUCAGUAAUAUUUGAAAUUACUGUCAUAUUUGAAAUUCAGUAAUAUUUGACAUUUUUAUCUCUAAAAGUUUCUCUAAAAUUGUACUCAGAAGAAGAAUUCUGCAAGGCUUGGAGGAUAUAUGUUAGUCAUAUGGCCUGAUUUUCCCAUUUUUGCAGAUCUCGUGGGCGAGUGUUUAUCAAACUGAAGGUUGCAGCUUGUUAGUGGGUCCAGAAAUCAGUUUCUGGCUAGCAACUAGAAGUUUUGUAUGUUAACAGUACUUUAUUGAGGUGUAAUCUGCAUGCAGUAACAUGCACAAGUCUCAAGUUCAUGGCUUCCUGAAUUUUGACAAAUGUAAUCAUCACCAAGAUCAAUGUAUACAAUAUGUCUAUCAAACCAAAAAGUUUUCUUGUGCCCAUUUCCAGUCAAUCCCACCUCCAGUGCCAAGUGUUAUGAUUUCUAUACCAUAAAUUAAUUAGGUCUGUUCCUGAGCUUCCUAUGGAUUUAGUAUGUACUCAUAUCUGGAUUCUUAUGAUCAAAUGUAUGAUCAUCUCAGUAGAUUCAGAGAAAACAUUUGACAAAAUGCAGCAUCCACUCAUGAUGAAAAAAUUCUUCAAUGAGAUAAAAGGCAUCCAUGAAAAUCAUACAAGCUAACAUUCUUUUUUUAAUUAGGGAAUAAUUUAUAUACAGUGUAACUGACUCUAAUGUAUCAUUAUGCAUUUUGGCAAGUGCUGCUAUGUGAACACCACCAUCACAAUCAAGAUAUUCUACAGUUCUAGUACCCCCUGCCCUGAAACUUGCUUGUUCUGUUUAGUCAGCUCCUCUCCCCAUCACCAGCUCUUGUCAACCACUGACUCAUUUUCUGUCUGUAUAGUUUAUAUCAUUUCCAGAAUGUCAUAUAAAUGGAAUCCUAGAGUAUGUUUCCUUUGGAGUCUGGCACCUUUCACUUAAUGCUUCUGAGACUCAUCUGUCUUGUUGCAUAUAUCAGUACAGAAGUCAUUUCUUUUAUUGCUGAGUAGUAGUCUGUCAUAUGGAUGUUCCACAGUUUGUUUAUCCAUUUAUCACUGGUGGGAUACUUGGGUUUUCAGUUUUUAGUGAUUAUGAAGAAAGCUGCUGUCAACAUUUGCAAACAGUUUUGUGUGUCCACAUUUUCUUUGUCUUAGUAAAUAUCUAGGAGUGGAAUUGCUGGGUUGUAUGGUAACAGUAUACUUAUCUAUGAAAAACUGACAGACUUUUCUAAAAUAACUGUACCAUUUUACAUUCCCACCACCAGUGUAUGAAAGUCCCAGUUCCUUAACUUCACUGACAAUUGGUAUGUCAGGGUUUGGUUUCAUUUUUAUUUUGUUAUUAGGAUUUCAAAGGUUUAUAGUGGGAUUUCAUUUUGGUUUUAAUUUACACUUCCCUAAUGGCCAUUGAGCAUCUUCACUGCUCGUUUGCUAUCCAUAUGCCUAUUUUCUUUUGUGAACUAUGUUCAAAUCUUUUGUCCAUUUUUUUAAAACCUGGAUUGUUUCUUACUGAUUUUUGAGAGUUCUUUAUAUGUUCUGGAUCGAUAUCUUUGUCAGUUAUGUUUUUGCAAAUAUUGUAUACCAUUAUGUGGCUUGUGUUUUUAUUCCAUUAACAGUAUUUUUCGCACAAGAAACUUUUUUUAAUGAAGUUCCUUUUUUGUCUUUGAUAGAUUGUGCUUUUGGUUUCAAAUAUAAGAACUCUGCCUAAUCCAAGGUCACAAAGAUUUUCUCCCACUUUUUUAUCACAACUUUUAUGUUUUCAGGCUUCAUAUUUAAGUCUAUGAUAUAUUUGAGUUAGUAUUUAUAUAAGAUGUGAAUCUUUAUAUAAGGGAGGUCCACUAUUUGCAUAUGAGAAUCCAAUUAUUCUUUCAGUAUUGCCAUGGCACCUUUGUGAAUCCAUUAACCAUACGUGUAUGGGUCUUUUUCUGGCCUCAGUGCAGUUUCAUUGUUUUAUGUGUCUAUCAUUUUGCCAAAUAUUGCACAUCUUGACUUUUGUAUAUGUAUGUAAUGUCUUGAAAGCAGAUAGUGUGAGUCUUCCAACUCAUUAUUUUAUUUUGGCUAUCAAAUUUGUUUGCCUUGCCAUAAUUUCCAGAAUCAGCUUUGUCAUCUGUAAGAAUAAUUUGCUGGGAUUUUUAUUGAGAUUGCAGUGAAUAUAUAGAUGAGUUUGGGGACAAUUGACAUUUUAGCAAUACUGAGAAUGUUCUAACCCAUAACACAGUAUCUGCCUAUUUGUUUAGGGCUUCCUUAUUUCAUCAAUAAUUUGUAGUUUUAACAUGCAGAUCCUGCACAUACUUUAUUAGAUUUAUACCUACAUAUUCCUUUUUUGGGGUUCUGAAUUAGUACUGUUUUUCAAAUUUCAAUUUCCAAUUGUUCUUUUUCAAUAUAUAGAAAUACAGUUGAUUGUUUUAUGUUGA